UGAAAGUAAAACAACAGCCUUAUAAAUGGAAAUCUCCACCAACAUGUAAUUUGCAUCAGGCAGAGACUAUAGUACAACAACCACAACAUCUAUCUGCCUCUGUGUCUCUACAUAACAUAUCUCUUUUGUCUCACUUCACAAAUUGUACUACAUUUUCUGUCUCCAAUGGCCACAUCGGUGAAGAACAACUUCCUGAACCCUGCACUGGUUUCAAAUCUCCAACAAGCACUGCUCAGAAGAAAGGACAGUGUGCAGGAGCAGCAGCACCACAACAGGGCCAAUGAACCCACCAAAGCUUCUUCAAAACCCGUGGUGCUAGUCACCAAUGGUGAUGGCAUAGACUCUCUUGGCCUCACAUUACUAGUUGAGGCACUUCUUUGUGAUGCCCUUCUUGAUGUUCAUGUCUGUGCUCCAGAAACGGAUAGAUCGGUUUGUGGUCACUCGGUUACCACAGGGGAGACACUAGCUGUGUGUUCAGUACAAGUUGGUGGUGCCAAUGCUUAUCAAGUGUCUGGAACUCCAGCAGAUUGUGUCUCUUUGGCUUUAUCUGGGGCAUUGUUUUCUUGGUCAAAACCUGUUUUGGUAAUUAGUGGACUAAACAAAGGAACAACUUGUGGUUAUGACACGUUGUACUCCGGAGCUGUUGCUGGAGCUAGAGAGGCACUGAUUUGUGGUGUUCCCUCUCUUUGUAUAUCAUUGAACUGGGAAAAGAAUGUGAGCUGUGAAAGUGAUUUGAAGGAUGCAGUUACAGUAUGUUUACCAUUAAUUCACGCAGCAAUAAGAGAUAUACAGAAAGGGAUUUUCCCCAAGAAUUGCUUCCUCAACAUAGGGAUCCCAAGCUGUCCUCUGACAAAUAAGGGUGUCAAAGUGACAAGGCAAAGUCCGCAAAGAUCUUCUUUAAGUUGGCAAGCUGUGUCAACAAAUAAGAAUCCUUCAGCAGGCCAUUACAUGUCUAACCAGCAAAGUCUUGGAAUCAUGUUAGCACAACUAGGAAGAGAUGCCUCUGCUGCUGCAGCAGCGCGCCGUCUAAACUCAAACCGCAAGAAUGUGGAGGUUGAAUCAGUUGGUGUUGCUGGAAAAUUCAGUUCUCAACAAACCAUAAAGAAAUACUUCCGAAUGGAGUUAACAGAAAAAGAGCAGCAGGACAUAGAGGAGGAUUUAGACUCCAGAGAACUUGAAGAGGGAUUUGUUACAGUUACCCCUUUGUCUUUGUAUGCAAAUGUUCACAUGGAAAUUCAAUCAUCAGUGUCCAGCUGGCUAGCUAUUGCACUCAGUGGUGAUCAAUGAAACUAGCUGCUAAUUCUGUGUGGUAUUAAUUGUAGAGUAAUCUGCAUUGUAAUUGUGGCAAUCUGAAAGUGAGAGUCAAUGCUUCACAAGUUUUAUGUUGUGAGAUCUUGAGAGUAGUAUGUAUCAUUGGGUAGCUACUAUCCCAUUAGAUUUAAUCUAUAUAUUGUUAUUCAGUUAUUUACUGAUGACAUGACAUGAAUGGAUAUGCACAUGUUGCCAAUGAGAA